AUGACUACAACAAAUGUUCGGGUAGCGGGAGUGAUGUCAUUGGUGAGAGGUGGUCCCAUGCAGACACGAUAUCAGAAUCUGAAAGAAGACGCUCAUUUGACUCAGCGUGAAACCCAUGUUCAGCUUGAUGUGGUUUUGGAAAAUCAUCCCACAAGGCCACAGAGUCGCGACGAUUUUCAGAUCGCCAUUAUAUGUGCGCUGCCGACAGAAGCAAACGCAGUACAAAGCAUUUUUGAUAAGCAUUGGGACACCGAAGGAAUAUACCAAUAUGGAAAACAGGCAAAAGAUCCUAAUUCUUACUCUACGGGUUUAAUUGGAAACCACAACGUUGUUCUAGCGCACCAACCUCGAAUGGGCAAAGCCACAGCUGCAAAUCUUGCUGCAGCAUGCUCGAUGAGUUUUCCGAAUAUCAAUCUCGCUCUUAUUGUUGGUGUUUGUGGAGGUGUUCCAUUCCCUGGGACAAAGAGGGAGGUGCUUCUUGGGGAUGUGGUCAUUAGCAAAGGUAUUGUGCAGUAUGAUUUCGGCAGACGGUAUCCCGACGGCUUCCGACCGAAAAUUACCGUUGAUGAUCAGCCUGGUCGGCCCAAUCGGGAGAUCUCAUCUCUCAUGGCUCGACUAGAACUUAAUAUGCAGCGAUUGAGUCUACAGCAAGACGUCGCAAAGUACCUGGACGAAUUGGGCUGUGCUACGGCCAAACCUUCUGGGGAUUUCUACCCAGGCCACAUACGAGACAUUUUAUUCGACGCGGAAUAUGUUCACAAACAUCAGUUGGCCAGUUGCAACAUCUGUGCAAGCAGUGUUUGCAAUUUGGCGAUGCAGUCUACAUGCCAAGAUCUCAAAUGCGGGGAGCACAAAUUGAUACGUCGACUGCGUCAGAACCAGAGAAACAGACCUUCCCUCCACUUUGGACUGAUGGGAUCUGGGGAUACAGUCUUGAAAUCUGCAGUCGAACGAGACAGAAUCGCCAAAGAGGCAAAUGUGAUAGCAUUCGAGAUGGAAGGAUCGGGUGUCUGGGAGACGAUGCCUUGCGUGAUUAUCAAGGGGGGUCUGCGACUAUGCGGAUAG